AUGUCUCUACGAUCAUUUGACAUGAACGAUGAUGCAUAUGAUAUUGCAAGUGACAUCGAUGGAAUGAUUCAAGUUGUAUCUGAUGAGCAUUCCGCCACAUCGCUCAUACUUGCCAAUCUAGUGGCACGACGAAUGCGCGAAUUCCAAGAGAACGAAGACGAUUUUACCGGCUCUGGGACUGCUCCAACAGAUCUCCUGUCAAGUCUUAGCUCAAAUGAUACUGAUGAAGUUAGCCACGAAUUCCUACGGAGCAUAGCCUAUUCCAUGGAUCUUACGACCAUGCCUGAAAAUCUGUUGGUUCUGGUUCUCCCUAUGCUGCUGCAUGUUGAUACAAAACUUCCAACACCCGGGGACCUUCAUGCUCUACAUGAAUUUGCUGAAGCAUCACCAAUGCACCGUGAGCAUGUGGAAACAUGGUUGAGAUCUGAACCGGCUCAAAGCACACUUGAACAAGUUUUCAAGCCAUGGAUGAAUUACUACAGCUUCAAACCCGCGUACCAAUGCAGAGACGAGAUUGCAGCUUACAAAGCUAGCAGAGGAGGUUUGGGGUUUGACUAUGCGUAUGAAUUCGUGAAAGAAUGUCAAUGUACAAGCUGUCUCUCACUUCUCGGCAAUCUUGAGUUGAUUGAUUUCAGGAACUACGACCAAAAUGGCAGGAGCUUCCUCCAUGCAGCUAUUGAGGGUGGAGAUGCCGAAAGUGUGAUGUUCAUUGUCGCUAUCUUGCUGAAAGGAGACUUGGAUCCUCGGCACUUUCCUACGUCUAUCGAUGGAAUGUCUAUUCCCCACCACGUCGCUUUGAUGCAUGACAACGACGUCUUUAGGGGAGUCACCGAGUUUCUAGAAGAUGCAGGCUAUCCUCUAUCUGUGUGGAACGACGAUGGCCUCAAGCUCGAACUAUGCAGCUUCAUCACUGCUGACAUGGCCGAACGGUUCCUGUCGAAGGGGUUCAAUAUCACCAAGCUCCCGAGAAAUACACUUCCAAUGUAUCUGCCCGACGAGGAUGACUCCGAGUAA